AUGGAUGGUAUCUUGUACGAUGCACAACGUCAGGGACGCAUCAGUUUCUACAUGACUCAUUAUGGAGAAGAAGCCAUGAUUGGUAGUGCUGCUGCAUUAACGCCCCAAGAUGUUAUCUUUGGUCAAUACAGAGAAGCUUUUAUGCUGGUGUAUCGUGGUUUUAGUAUAGAUGAAUUUGUGAACCAAUGUUUCUCUAAUGAAUUGGAUUAUGGUAAAGGACGACAAAUGCCAGUCCAUUAUGGGUCCAAAAAGCUCAACUUCCAAACAAUUUCCUCUCCAUUGGGUACUCAAAUUCCUCAGGCGUCUGGAGCAGCAUAUGCACUUAAACUCUCGGGAGCAGAUGCUUGUAGUCUUUGUUUCUUUGGUGAAGGAGCUGCAUCGGAAGGAGAUUUCCAUGCAGGAUUAAAUAUGGCUGCUACGUUAAAGAGUCCAGUGAUCUUCUUUUGUAGAAACAAUGGGUUUGCAAUUUCUACACCCUCUUCAGAGCAAUAUAAAGGAGAUGGUAUUGCCAGUCGUGGUAUUGGUUAUGGUAUUGAUACAAUCCGAGUAGAUGGUAAUGAUAUUUGGGCCAUCUACAAUGCCACAAAAGCAGCCAGAGAGAUGGCCAUCAAGGAACAAAAGCCUGUGUUGAUUGAAGCUAUGACGUAUCGUAUUGGACAUCAUAGUACAUCGGAUGAUUCGACUAAAUACCGCGACCGAAAGGAAGUGGAAGAACGAGCCCAAUUUGACAAUCCUGUGACUCGACUCCGACGUUACUUGGAGAACAAGAAUUGGUGGAGUCAAGAACAAGAAGAUGCCUAUCGAAAGAAGGUUAAGAAGGAGAUCCUGACUAGUUUUACAGCUGCUGAGAAGCGCAAGAAGCCAGCAAUUAAACAUUUAUUUACAGAUGUCUAUGAUGAAUUAACACCUAAUUUGAUUAGACAACAGAAUGAAUUGCUUGAACUUGUAAAGAAAUACCCAGAAUAUUAUAACACGGAUGAGUUUGCCUCUUCUUAA